UUAUUUUAUUGCCAUCAUCCAUGGCGUUCUGCUCGCUGAACUGAAUUAUUUAAUGAUAAGUCUUUUAUUUGUUAAAUUUAAUUAUUAGUUCCGUUGUUUCUUUCUGAACCAUCUCUGAGAUAGUUUCAGUUCUGUGUUUUAUGUGGCCAUUGAUCUGUACAGAAUCAAACAGUUCAUACACAUACAUUUUUCAUGUAUGUAAAAUUUUAGUCUUUGAUUCAAUGUUCAGCAAGUUGUCAUGACACCUUUUGUCUUCUUGUCUGGCCCAUUAUUUUCUUUUGACGUUGAUUUUAAUGGUCGUCAGUGCCUCUUCGAUUGGGUUUCUUUUCUUUCUUCUGACUCCGAAUCAUCAUAUGAUUAAUAUCACGAGCCUGUAAAAAUCAGUUUCUUUUUGGUUCGAGAAUCCGAAAAGAUGGGAUUCUGCGUGAUGAUUAGUGGUGUUUCUAUGGGACUCAUGUUCCUAUGUGUUUCUGGCUUUUGGGUUUUGCCGACAGAAGGUGCUGGUAGAGAAAGUUUCUUAAGAAACUCUUCUUUUUCUUCUCGGCCCAGCUCUGUCAACGUUGGAGCUCUGUUUACUUAUGAUUCUUUCAUUGGAAGAGCAGCUAAACCCGCGUUUAUGGUGGCCAUUGAAGACGUUAAUGCUGACCAGAAUAUUCUCAGGGGAACCAAGCUCAAUAUUGUCUUCCAUGACUCAAACUGUAGUGGAUUUGUUGGCACUAUGGGAGCUUUGCAGGUAAUGGAGAACAAGGUGGUUGCAGCCAUUGGUCCACAAUCUUCAGGAAUCGCUCACUUAAUCUCCCAUGUAGCUAAUGAGCUCCACGUACCUCUCUUGUCAUUUGCAGCGACUGACCCGACGCUUUCUUCACUACAAUACCCUUACUUCCUUCGAAGCACACAGAACGACUACUUCCAGAUGAACGCAAUAGCAGAUUUUGUAUCCUAUUGCCGGUGGAGAGAAGUUGUUGCCAUCUUUGUUGAUGAUGAGUAUGGUAGGAACGGGAUCUCUGUAUUAGGCGAUGCUUUAGCUAAGAAACGUGCCAAGAUCUCUUACAAGGCUGCUUUUAGACCUGGUGCAGAUAAAAGUUCACUCCAUGACCUAUUGGUUUCUGCUAAUCUGAUGGAAUCUCGCAUCUUUGUUGUUCAUGUGAAUCCUGAUUCAGGUCUAAACGUUUUCUCUGUGGCCAAGUCUCUUGGAAUGAUGGAGAGUGGCUAUGUCUGGAUCGCCACUGAUUGGCUUCUUACAGCUUGGGAUUCAGGGUUGGAUCCCAAAACUAUGGAUCUCUUGCAAGGAGUAGUUGCUUUUCGCCAUUACACACCUGAGAGUAACGAGAAGAGACGGUUUAAAGCACGAUGGAAAAGCCUUAGAACCAAGGAGACUUCAGGAGGUGAUGAUGAUGGCUUCAACUCUUAUGCAAUGUAUGCUUAUGAUACUGUUUGGUUGGUAGCUCGUGCUCUCGAUGUUUUCUUCAGCCAAGGCAACAGAGUGACUUUCUCUACUGAUCCUAAUCUGAGGAAAACCAACGGUACCAACAUUAAGUUCUCAGCACUUAGCGUCUUCAAUGAAGGAGAGAGGUUCCUCCAGGUCAUUCAUGACAUGAACUAUACAGGUCUGACCGGACAAAUCGAGUUUGAUUCAGAGAAAAACCGGAUUAAUCCAGCAUACGACGUUAUAAACAUAAACAGUAGAGGUCCACACAGAGUUGGCUACUGGUCGAAUCAUACAGGCUUCUCAGUAGAGCCUCCUGAGACAUUCUACUCUAAGCCUCCAAACACAUCUACAGAACAUCAACGGCUUAACGAGAUCAUAUGGCCAGGAGGAGUAACAAAACCACCUCGAGGUUGGGUAUUCCCUGACAAUGGAGAGCCGCUCAAAAUCGGCGUGCCUAACCGUGUGAGCUACAAAAACUAUGCGUCUGAGGAGAAGAACCAGCUUGGUGUUAAAGGAUAUUGCAUUGACAUCUUUGAAGCUGCGGUUGAGUUGCUUCCGUACCCCGUCCCACGGACUUAUAUACUAUAUGGAGACGGGAAGAGAAACCCUUCAUAUGACAAUCUCGUAAAUGAAGUUGCUUCAAAUAAUUUUGAUGUAGCUGUUGGGGAUAUAACAAUUGUUACAAACAGGACCAAGUUUGUUGAUUUUACGCAGCCAUUUAUGGAAUCAGGGCUUGUGGUGGUAGCUCCAGUGAAGGGGGCCAAGUCUAGUCCAUGGUCCUUCUUGAAGCCAUUCACUGUGGAGAUGUGGGCUGUGACCGGACUCCUUUUCCUCUUUGUGGGAGCCAUCAUUUGGAUUCUUGAACACCGGUUUAAUGAAGAGUUCCGUGGACCUCCUAGGCGUCAAAUCAUCACCGUUUUCUGGUUUAGCUUCUCAACAAUGUUCUUCUCUCACAGGGAGAACACGGUGAGCACUUUGGGGAGGUUUGUGCUACUCAUAUGGUUGUUUGUGGUUCUGAUCAUCAACUCAAGCUACACAGCUAGUCUCACUUCGAUCCUCACCGUUCAACAGCUAACAUCUCGGAUAGAAGGAAUGGACAGUCUAAUAACAAGCAGCGAACCCAUUGGAGUCCAGGACGGUACAUUUGCGUACAAGUAUCUCGUCAAUGAACUUAACAUAGCUCCAUCAAGAAUCAUUCCGCUUAAAAACGAAGAAGACUAUCUCUCUGCUCUUCAACUUGGUCCCAGAGGCGGUGGUGUAGCAGCCAUAGUCGACGAGCUUCCUUACAUCAAAGCUUUGUUGUCAAACAGCAACUGCGAGUUCCGUACUGUUGGACAGGAGUUCACCCGGACAGGCUGGGGAUUUGCUUUCCAGAGAGAUUCUCCUCUAGCUGUAGACAUGUCAACAGCGAUCUUGCAGCUGUCUGAAGAAGGAAAACUGGAGAAAAUCCGCAAGAAAUGGCUUACGUACAGUCACGAAUGCUCAGUGCAGAUUGCAGACACAGAGAACUAUCAACUCUCGGUACAGAGUUUCUGGGGACUGUUCUUAAUAUGUGGUAUAGUUUGGUUCAUUGCGCUCACCCUCUUCUGCUGGAAAGUUUUCUGGCAAUGCCAAGGAUUAAGACCAGAGGAAGAGAGUGAUGAGGUAAGGGUGAGUGAAGAAGCUAGUUCUUCUAGAUCAGGGAGAAGUUUGAGGGUAGGAAGUUUCAAGGACUUGAUCAAGGUUGUGGAUAAGAGAGAAGUAGAGAUCAAGGAUAUGCUUAAACAGAAGAGCAGUAAGAAACUCAAAGCUAGCCAAAGCUCAGCUGAAACUCCGUAGAGAUUGAGUUAGAAUAUAGAUGAAAGGAGUCACAAUUUGUUUAAAUAAGAUUUAGCAUUACUUACAAAUGUAAAUAGAUUUUAUCAUAAGAUUUUGUAAUGGACACCUAGCAAGAUUUUAUCACACAAGAUGUUAAGGUAGUGUUUUUGGUAAACA